GUGACUGACUGUUGUGUGUAUUGUUUACGUGUGUAAUAAAAUAAAAAUUGUAUUAUUUACUUUUUAUACAGAAAUGAUUUGUUUUAAUAUAAAUUAAAAUUAAAAUAUUUAUCCUGUGUUAAAAUAUGUGUUCUAUUCAUUGGUAAUUCGUUGUGCUUUCAUGGCUACAGCAAAUUCUUGAAGUAUUCAUUUUACAGGCUAGUCGUUCAGAGCCGCCACUGCUAUGUCUGCACUACAGCCUAUAUUUUGUUCGAAGCAGCUUAUUAUUUUACUUCUUGCGUUUUUGGUACCCAAUACGAUAUCACAAUUCCAUUCAGAAACCGCCUCGAAUCGAAGAAGACCCGAAACCGGAACCGAUAACUACAAUAGGAAUUUCGGUUCCGGCAAUUUUGAUAGCAGAAGUAGAAAUUUCGACAGCAAUAACUUUGCCGACGAUAACAAUUUUGCUAACAGAAAUUUCGACAAUGAGGAUAAUCAAAAUUUUGGAAACACCCGAUUUGGAACCAAUAGGGAUUUCAAUGAUCCCAAUUCGGUGAACAGAAAUUUUGAUGAUUUUAAUAGAAAUUUGGAUAACACUAAUAGAUUUGGAGGUGUGGACAACCGGCGCAAUUUUACUACAUUCGAUAAUGGCGACUUUAAUAAUAGAAAUUCAUUCAAUACGUUUGACGGUGUAAAUAGGAAUGUUGAUAACGACAUUUAUAAUUCUGAUAAUAACAGAAGAACUAGUACAAAUAGACCCUGGUUACCACAACCCACACGUGGGUUCAGCUUUAAUAAUGAUUUUGGGAGGAGCCGUGGUGGUGGUCCAUCCCUUCUGGAUAAUAAUUUAAUUAUAAAUGAAGCUACAUACUUCAUUGUCGCAUCUCGAAUGGUAAGGCCAGGGUCAGUUUUCCGAGUUUCCGCCACUGUUUUUCAAACCCCGGUAGCGCUUACAAUUAGGGCUUCGAUUUCAAGAGAUGGAGUGGAGAUAAGUUCUGACAGCCGAGAUGUGAAAGUUGGAAACCCAGAAACUUUACUGAUGAGAGUACCGGGUACAACCGCACCAGGAGAAUAUAAAUUGAGGGUCGACGGUUUGUACAACAGUUUAAUGGGUGGCUUGGCUUUUUUCAAUGAGACUAGGUUGACUUUCAGCCAACGUUCAAUGACAAUAUUUGUUCAAACAGAUAAGCCAGUUUAUAUGCAAGGACAGACAGUGCGUUUCCGAACUAUACCAAUCAAUACAGAAUUGAAAGCAUUUGAUGAUGCAGUAGAUGUAUAUAUGUUAGAUCCUAACAGACACAUAAUGAGGAGAUGGUUAAGCAGACAAUCAAAUUUGGGAACAGUAUCUUUAGAAUACCAAUUAUCGGAUCAGCCUGUUUUUGGAGAGUGGGUGAUAAAGGUGGUAGCACAAGGUCAAGUCGAAGAAGCCACAUUUUUAGUUGAAGAAUAUUAUCAGACAAGAUUUGAAGUUAAUGUGACAAUGCCAGCUUUUUUCUUCAAUACAGAUAGAUAUAUUUAUGGCAAAGUUAUGGCAAACUAUACAUCAGGAGCGCCUGUUAAAGGAAACUUAACACUAAAGGCGACUAUUAGGCCCAUCUCAAGAUUCAACGAAAAAGAAUUGUAUCAAUACAAUGUUCAGCAAACAUAUGGUAAUACUCCACGAAAUCAACAAUUUGAUCCAAACAGACAGUAUAAUAAUCAAUACGGAAGGCAAUAUGGUAGCAAUUACAACAAUCCUCAAAAUUAUCCCUAUGAUCCAAACAGAGAUUAUAAUGAUAGGUCUAGCAGUGGCAACAGAUUUUAUGAUGAGCGAGUUGUUGAAAAGCAUUUUACAUUUAAUGAAGAAUGGCCGUUUUGGAUGGAGAAGCCUUAUGACUAUUAUUCUAAUGGUGAAAUGCCUUAUUUGAGGUUUUUCAAUGGAACAUACUACUUUCAAUACCCAAUGUCUCAGCUCGAACAAAUUGUUCCCACUCUUGAUGGCAUGGAAGUCCAAAUUACCGCUACCGUUGGCGAGCGAUUUAUGGAUGAAGUAAUUCAAGGAUUUUCAAUUGCUCGAAUAUAUAAUUCUUCAAUGAAAGUAUCUUUUCUUGGAGAUAGUCCACAAGUGUUUAAGCCUGCUAUGCCAUUUACAUGCUAUAUUGUAGCGGAAUUUCAUGACGGUUCACCACUUCCAUUCGAUCGAGUUAUGAUGGGCGCAUUAGAAAUCUCUGGUUCCGUGGAAUCAAGAUCUGGUGGUAGACGAGAUUUACCUAUGAGAGAGCUGGUUAUGUCUGAAGACUUGGGCGUUUGGGAAUUUAAAGUCGACCUCAAACAUCAAUUAGGUUUAGAAGAUGAUAGCCGAGCCAAAGAAUAUCUGGAUGAUAUUACUUCUAUGAAAUUGCAUGCAUAUUUCAAGGACGGAUACGGGGAACGAACCAGUGCAGACCUCUUGCUAAUAGCGCAUCAUUCACCUCUAAACCAACAUAUCAAAGUUUCAACAUCAACAACGCAUCCUAAAGUGGGAGAAUAUAUAGUAUUACAUAUCCAAAGCAAUUUUUAUAUGGAAUCAUUCCAGUAUAUUGUCAUGUCCAAAGGAUUAAUACUGCUAUCUGGAAAGGAAAACAUGCAGGAUUCCAUCAGAACAUUUGCCGUAACGCUUAGUGCAGAAAUGGCACCAGCUGCUACAAUAGUAGUUUGGCAUGUGGGUUCUAGGGGCAAAGUUCUUGCAGAUAGCUUAACAUUCCCUGUAAAUGGAAUAUCUAGAAAUAAUUUCACUGUUUUUAUAAAUAAUCGUAAAGCGAGAACUGGACGAAAAGUUGAAGUAGCAAUUUAUGGUGAGCCAGGAGCUUAUGUUGGAUUAUCAGGAAUUGAUAGAGCUUUCUACACUAUGCAAGCUGGAAAUGAACUAACCUAUGCACAAGUCAUCACAAAAAUGGCAUCAUUUGAUGAGCAGACUAAUGGUACAUUCAAGCAUACAUGGCUUUCUCAUGAAGGAGAUCCUGAUGAGCUAGUUUAUUAUCCAAGUUCAACAUUUGGCAUUGAUGCUAAUAGAACAUUUGAAUAUGUUGGACUUGCAGUUUUCACAGAUAUUAUAGUUCCUAGAAGACCUGAUAAUUGUAAUCAUACUUUUGGUCUUUCGGAAUGCCUAACAGGUCGAUGCUAUCGAACAGAUAAAAGAUGUGAUGGUGUGCUGGAUUGUGAAGAUGGAACUGAUGAGGCUAAUUGUCGUUCACUCAAUAGUACAAGUUUAGCAAACUUUAGAAAGUUUCGUUUCAAUAGAAUACAAUGGCAGUAUGAAAAUGUUUGGCUAUGGAAAGACAUCAAUAUAGGACCACAUGGACGGUAUAUUUUUAAUAUUGACGUGCCGGAGCGACCGGCUCAUUGGAUGAUUUCCGCAUUCUCCGUAUCUCCUUCUAAAGGUUUUGGAAUGUUGCAACGAGCUAUUGAAUAUGUCGGUGUUUUACCAUUCUUUAUAAAUGUGGAAAUGCCUGAUAAAUGUAGGCAAGGCGAGCAAGUUGGUAUCAGAGUAUCUGUGUUCAAUUAUAUGCUAGAAGCCAUUGAGGCUACUGUAGUGCUAGAAGGCUCUUCAGAUUAUAAAUUCGUUCAUGUAGAGGAAGAUGGUGUUGUUCGGUCAUAUAAUCCACGCACAUCAUUUGGCGAGCAUCAGUUUUUUAUUUAUAUACCAUCCCAAGAUGCUGCAAUUGUGCAUCUUCCUAUUGUUCCAACAAAACUUGGAAAGUUAACAGUGCGCAUACAUGCAAUAACUCUAAUUGGGAAAGAUCAAGCAAUAAGAACCCUAUAUGUAGAGCCAGAUGGAGUUCCACAAUAUAGGCAUCAAUCUAUACUGCUUGAUCUUAGCAAUCGUGCAUAUUUCUUCCAAUAUAUGCAUGUUAACGUUACUGAGACACCUAUAAUACCAUAUGAAGUAGACAGGUACUAUGUUUAUGGUUCCAAUAGCGCCAAACUUUCAGUUGUCGGUGAUGUUGUUGGACCCAUUUUUCCAACCAUGCCUGUUAAUGCUACAUCUUUAUUAGAUCUUCCAAUGGACUCUGCUGAACAAAAUAUGUUUAGUUUUGCUGCAAACUUAUAUACUACAAUGUAUAUGAGAUUAAUAAGCCAAAGAAAUCGAACGCUCGAGAGAAACUCAUUCCAUCACAUGAAUAUUGGAUAUCAGAGGCAAUUGUCUUUUAUGAACCCAGAUGGAUCUUUUAGUUUAUUUAGGAGUGAUUGGAAUCAGUCAGCUUCCAGUGUGUGGCUUACGGCGUAUUGCGCUCGGGUAUUACAAGAAGCAUCUUUCUAUGAAUGGGAAAACUUUAUCUAUAUUGAUCCAAAUGUAAUAGGCAAAGCUGUUAGUUGGAUUCUUAAACAUCAAACUGCAGAAGGUUCAUUUUAUGAAAUUACAUGGUCGCCAGACAGAAAAACAAAUGGAACAUUGAAUUGGCCAAAUGAUCCUAUACAGCAAAGAAAUAUUACGUUGACAGCCCAUGUUUUAAUUACACUUGCUUCUGUAAAAGAUUUGUCAGGAUCUCUUGGAUCAAAAGUUGCUGUAGCUCAACAACAGGCAAUAUCAUGGUUAGAAAGAAAUAUUAAAUUGUUAGAAGAACAUGGUGAACCAUAUGAUGUUGCUCUAGUAGCCUAUGCACUGAUGCUUAGCAAAGCUUCUAAUGCCGAGGCUGCAUUUGGAAUAUUGGCAAGGCACGCAAGAAUUGAGGGUGGCCUGAUGUAUUGGGGAAAGGAAGCCGUACCGUUACCACCAUAUAAGUUGGAAAAUCAGAAACCUUUCUUAUUACCUCGAUUGCCAUAUAAAUAUGACUCAAUGAAUAUUGAAACAACAGCUUAUGCAUUGAUGACGUAUGUUGCAAGACAUGAACUUAUGGUCGACCCUAUUGUUAAAUGGUUAAAUGCACAGAGACUUACUGAUGGUGGUUGGGCUUCUACACAGGAUACUGGAAUGGCUAUGAAGGCGCUUUGUGAAUACACUACAAAAUCCAGACUACGAGAUGUUUCUUCUCUUACAAUAACUGUGGAAGCAUCUUCACUGCCAGGAAUGACCAAUAUGUUUUAUGUAACUGAUAAAAAUUUGGCUCAGUUGCAAACACUUGAAAUACCAAAUGCUUGGGGUACUGUAAAGGUUCAAGCUAAAGGGGCAGGUUAUGCAAUCUUGCAAAUGACUGUUCAAUACAAUGUGGAUAUUUAUAAGUUCCAAACGCAGCCUCCUAUACGAGCUUUUUCAUUGCGGACGCAUGCCACUUUCCAUGGAAGAAAUCAGUCUCACAUAACUUACGUCAGUUGUCAAAGUUGGAUAAACCAAAAUGAAUCCAUACGUUCCGGCAUGGCAGUAUUGGAUGUUGCAAUUCCAACUGGUUAUAUAAUACAACAGCAAAAACUAGAUUCAUAUAUUCUGAGUCAAAGGGUAAGAAAUUUGCAGAGGGCUAGAUUCCAACCCCGGAAAGUUCUAUUCUAUUUUGAUUUUCUGGAUGAACAUGAAACUUGCAUAAACUUUACAAUUGAGAGGUGGCAUCCAGUUGCUAAUAUGUCUAGAUAUUUACCCAUCAGAGUUUAUGAAUACUAUGCUCCAGAGAGAUUUAAUGAAACCAUUUUUGAUGCAUUACCUACAUAUCUUCUGAAUAUUUGUGAAGUUUGUGGUAGCUCGCAGUGCCCUUACUGCUCUAUUUAUAAUGCCGCCGUAGCAAAUCCACUGCCUUCAUUGUUUGUUGUACUAAUAAUUGCACUCACAGUCUCGCACAGAAGUUGGAGUUCUAUAGAUUUAUAUUUUGGAUGGAGAGUAUCAUAAAUAUUCUUUUAAGUAAGCAUUUGUUAUAAAAUUAUUAUUAUUUUUUUUAUUUUGUUUAAGAACACAAUGAAAGAAUCAAGUUAUUUUAUCUGAAAAGUCUUACCUAUAAACUUCAUGUGUUAAAUUGUGUAUUUACAUUUAACUCAUGCUGCAUUAAUUUUAACUUACUAUUUUGUGACUUAUUUUUUUUAGUAUUUUAAUGAUAUUUUAUUAAGGGUCAUGCUUGUAAUUGAUCAUAAGGCACAUUUGCUUUGUGUAAACGAAAAGUCAUGUGUAUGAUCUUUGAAUGGGACACAUAUCACAAAGAGAUAGCUGAAUUUCUUCAGUUAAACUAGUGUGAAAUCUUAUUUGUGUUCAUGUUAUUUGAAAACUAGAUAUUUUU